UCUCUUCUCUUCCUUUCCUGGCUAGGCUCUUCCAGAGGAAUGAGACCACCAUGGCUCAGGAGAGGUUCUUCAUCCUGUUCCUACUACUGGUCCUGGUGCUGCUGGUGCUGGGCUGUGUCCAUCCUUCUCUGGCCAAGGAGUCACGGGACGAGAAGUUCCUGUGGCAGCACAUGGACCCGGCCACCUCCACCGUCACUGCCAGCUACUGCAACCAAAUGAUGAACCACCAGAAUAUGAUGGUUGGACCGUGCAAGCCAGUGAACAUGUUUAUCCACGAGCUUCUGCCAGAUGUCCAGGCCGUCUGCUUCCAGGGAAAUGUCCCCUGCAAGAACAGGCAGCCCAACUGCUACCAAAGCAGCUCCAAGAUGCACAUCAUUGACUGCCACCUGAAGAAAGGCUCCAAAUACCCCAAAUACAACUACCAGACCCAGCAGCUACAGAAACCCAUCAUUGUGGCCUGUGAGUGUGUACAGUAUGAGACAGUCCACUUUGACGGUUCUGUGUAG